AUGACUGUGGCAGUAGAUGUUGAAUCUGUAUCACUGAGGGGAUCGGAUACUGGCACUGAGGAUACUCAAUCAGUCUGCGAAAGUCUGUAUUCGGCUGUUGAGGAUACCGAUAGUGAGUACGUGAGCCUAGUUGCAAUGGCGGAGGAUGCGGCUUCGCAGGACGAGAGCUCGAAUGCGACCAGUGGAGAUGUAGAUACAGCGAACGAAGAUUGGGCAAAUGAGCACGAUUUUGAGAUCUAG